CCCGUUUUGUCUACCGAUUGCUAGAUUAAUUAACCCUCGCUUAAAUCACAUACGCAGGUCCGCGAGUCAUGGGCAAAGUAACAAUGUACCACUUUUGGGCUCUCACAGCCAACAUUUAAAAACCUCCUUGACAUUUCACACCAUCAGUUUUUUAUAAGACACUAAAAGAGAAUUUGCAAGAUCACACAUAUUGCACAGAAGGUAUAACAAAUAACACAAACUCAAAUGAAAAUCUUGAAGAGCCUUCCAACGAGCUACUCAAUCUAUAAAGCAAAAUGCGACGGAGAGGUUGAGGUAUUCGAUAAACGUCACCCAGCACACUGGAUGCUCAGGACUAGGAGUGGAGGUAACAAGACGAGUUUGGUUGAUCAAACAGAACGUCUCUACGUGUGCGCUAAACAACAUGGGUUUGACUACGAAGUACACCUCUCUACAGCAAAAGCGAACCUCGACAGGGACAGUUACUUGAAUAAACUCAGUUACCUAUUUAUAUUACCUUCAGGAGUUAGGUGUCAAGUAAAAUCGCAAGAUUUUACCCAGUUUGAAGUCCUCAACAUCGAGAAUGACGCUUUAUUGGCCGUUUAUCAGAAAAAUAAGCAUGGCAUGCAUUUCCACAAACACGAUAGUCUGAAAUUAUACGGAGAACUAACAGAUCAUGACAAGUUACUUCUCAUUAUGGUGUGUCUCUUAAUGGGUCGCAUAGAGAGACAAACAAAACCACAACAAAGUCACCUCAAGCAGCUCCUUACAGCGAGUUCAUCCAAUGGUUCACUAGCAUCGAUCACUUCCCUUACCUCAAAACAUUCGCAUAACCCCGAGAAAAGCGCAUUCCGUGAUAAAUUAUUGCAUUUGUAAAAGUUUGUAAUUAUAGUCUACUGUACAAUAACAUAUCUACCUCAUUUCAUGGUCUCCUUUAGUU